GUGGCCUUCUUGCUGGUUGAAUUAGUUGAUCAUAACAAAGUUAAAUUCAAGUAAUAAGUGUGUUUGAAUAAUCAAUAAAAAUGGAUAAAGCGUUAGAAUCACAUCGAACAAGUGUCUUCGAGUAUUAUAAAAAAAGUGAAAAAGAUGUUCAAAGUGAUGUGGAUAUAGUUUUCGCAGCUUUGGAAAAACAAACACAUUUUCCAAAAAUUAAAGAUGAAAAUGCAUUCAGGAAAAAAAUUGAAGCGUUUCUCGUAUUUAACAAAUUUUCUAUUGAGAAAACCAAAAAAAAUUUAGAUUUGUGUUAUCGGCUUAGAAAUGUUUAUCCAGAUUUUUUUGAAAAUUGGGAUCCAUGUACUCCUGGAUUUGAAAAAACAAUGAAAAUUUAUCGAUGCCCACCGUUACCACAACUUACAAAAGACUUAAAUCGUAUUAGUUAUAUCGAUUUAUCAGAUAAAUUCGAUGAUAGCUUUGAUGUAUUUACGUCUUUCAAAGUAUAUGUUAUGUCACUUGAAACUCGAAUUCCAUUUGAUCGAAAUACAGGAGAAAUUGUUAUUUAUGAUUGUUCAAAAGUUAGCAUGACCAUACUUAAACAAUUAACACCUACUAUGCUAAAAACAAUUUUGGAUAUUAAUCUCAAAGGCUAUAGUCUUCGACUUGCUGGAGUUCAUUUUCUGUUUCCGCCUCCCGGUGGAAUGUUUAUUUUGGGUAUUUUAAAAACUUUAAUGAAACCAAAAUUAUUUGAACGUCUUCAUUUACAUGAUAGUUAUGAAUCAUUACAUAAAUUCGUUCCAAAAGAAUUUUUACCAAAAACAGCUGGUGGAGAUUUACCUGAUGUUCAAACAAUAGCAGAUGAAUGGUAUGCAGUAAUGAGAAAAAAUCGUGAUAAUUUAAUUGAACUCUCGAAAACAUGUACAGACGAAUCAAAACGAAUUGAAAAAAUAAAUGAUGAUGAAUAUUUUGGAUCAAUGCACGGAUCAUUUAAAAAAUUAGAUGUUGACUAAUAUUUAAAAGUAGCAACUUUCGAUACAACACCAGGUGGACAAGUACUCCAAUCUUCGAUACAACUAAUCCAAUUUGGGCUUCUACAUGCUUUAAAUGUAUGCUAAGUCAUCAACUCUCCACUCAGUUAUAAAAAUGUACAAUUCGAUGCAAUAGCCAAUAAUAUAGGACCCCGCAUGAUUAGAUUGGAAAAUGGCUUUCUAUGAAACUUUUUCAUACCGCCUCAAAAAUGUUCUUCACAACGUUCUGGUCGAAAGCUCUCAAGGCCAUCAAAUUUUUUAACUAGUAUUUGAUCGCUUGAAAACUACUCACUAAAAAAUUUUGUGGUCGUGAGAGCUUUUAAUCAGAACAAGGACUUUUUGGGGGUGGUGUGAAAAAGUUAUUUUUUUUGAAAAAAAUCAUUCAUCAGCAUAAUGUUUAU